UCACGGUAGGAGCGUGCAUAUCGCCAUAGAUUGGAGUCGCGCACACAGCUCGUAGUCGUUCCGUUUGAAAUUCAAAUUUCGAAUUGUGAUUUGUUUUUUUUUUCGCUUUAGAGGAUUCUAUGUGAUUUUGUUUUUUUUUUUUGUUAGUUUGAAUUUGAAAGUGGAAGUGUUUUUGAGAACCCUUUUUGGAUUGGUCUGUGGCGAAUGAAUUAGCAACAUGACCCUCUCGACGAGCCGGCAGCAGUUCCUGGCCUAUGAAUCCCAAACUCCAGAAGAUAUCCAAUAUGGAAGAAGAGGAGGAAUAUUCAUAUCCAACUGCAUCUGCAUCUCUUUCAUCUUCUGUGCAGUUAUUGCUGCAGUCAUAGUGGGCGUCAUUGUGCACUUCAUCACGUUCUUCAAGCUUUCACAAAAAACAGUAGACUUCUGGGAUGAAACUGAACCGUUUGGUCUAUCAAGUGCACCGUCACCAGACCUCAGACUCCCUUCCUACGUAGUGCCAAGUUUCUACAGACUGAAACUAAAAGCUGAACUAGAAAACUCCACGUACUCCGGGGACGUAUACAUCACUAUACGUGCCAGUCGGAGCACCAAAGAAAUUAUAUUACAUUCUAAGAACCUCAGUAUUAGUAGCAAUGCUAAGCUUACCGAACAAAUCUAUGAGAAAAUUGAGACGUUACAGUCUCCGAAAGUCAAGAGGGAUGUUGAGGCUGCGGUAACGGCUACAGAGAAUGUUACUGCUUUCGAUGUUCCUACGACUCCAGCUGCUGUUGAUCAGAAUGCAACAGAGUCAACAGUGGCAGAAACAACAACGGUUGCCAGUAAUGAGACUACUUUAAGUACGGAUAUAACACAACCGCCAACUCCAGUUGAUACUGAAAUAACCCACAGUGCGGUACGGACCAUAAAAAUCCUGUCCAUAAUAGAAGGAACUGGUGAUAGACUAAUAUUGUCUUUAGAGUCUGCAUUGAAAACAAAUGUGGAUUAUAUACUUCAGCUGUCUUUUGAAUCAAAAAUCUCCAACUCUUUGACUGGAUUUUACAAGAGCACGUACAUCAAUGAUAAACAUGAGGAAAAGAACUUAGGGGUCACACAAUUCGAGCCGACUUCGGCGCGGUCGGCGUUUCCUUGCUUCGACGAGCCGGCCUUCAAGGCCAACUUCGAAAUCAGUAUUGCACAUCCUGAAACUGUCACUGCCUUGUCUAAUAUGAAGAUUGUUGCUCAGGAACCUAUACCCGACCAACCCGGCUGGCAAUGGACCCACUUCGACCGUUCAGUGAGCAUGUCAACAUACCUCGUCGCCUACGUUCUAUCCGACUUUAAAUCCCUAGAAACCAGUUACACAAGCAAAGACAACAUUACUAUUCCUAUAAAAAUAUGGACAAGACCCGAAUUGAUAGGAAAAGCUAAAUACGCUUCUACGAUAACUCCGAAAUUGUUGGCGUAUUACGAAGAAGUUUUCGGCGUACCGUACGCGUUGGAUAAAAUGGAUCUGAUUGCUAUUCCUGAUUUCUCGAGCGGCGCUAUGGAGAAUUGGGGUCUGGUUACUUUUAGAGAAACAACCCUUCUCUUCGAUGAAGCGGAAAGCGUUCCCCGCGACAAACAGAACGUUGCUAUCGACAUAGCUCACGAGCUCGCCCACCAGUGGUUCGGCAACCUCGUCACCAUGCGCUGGUGGACCGACCUCUGGCUCAACGAGGGCUUCGCGACCUACAUCGAGUAUGUAGGAGUAGACCAUGUGGAACCCGAAUGGAACAUGUUCGAAUCGUUCUCGCGGGACAAGAUGGACCUUCUACGUUCCGAUGCUCUAAAGAAUACUUCUCCCGUAUCUCGCAAGGUUGUGGACGCUUCGGAAAUAUCGCAGAAGUUCGACGAGAUCUCUUAUACUAAGGGAGCUAACUUGAUACGUAUGCUGAACCAUACGAUAUCGGAGGAGCUGUUCCAUAAGGGAUUGGUGAUUUAUUUGAAUCUAUGGAAAUACUCAAACGCGGAAGAAAACGACCUAUGGGACGCGAUGUCGCGAGCUACGGUAUCAGAUCCGACGCUAAAGGAUCUGAGCGUGGUGCAGUUCAUGAACUCGUGGACGCGGCAGGCGGGCUACCCCGUCGUUAACGUCAACAGGAACUACGACAACGGACACGUUGAGUUCGAACAGCGCCUCUUCACCUCAGCAACAGACCCAUACCAGAAGAUGAUAGACCAGCUAUGGCACAUCCCCAUCAGUUACACCGUAGUAGACUCUCCAGUAGACUCCUGGUCUACUAAGCCGAAGACCUGGCUCAAAGGACGUAUCAGUACGGUCACUGUGCCUAUCAAUGAUACUCAAGCGUUGUAUGUUAAUGUCGAUGCUAUUGGCUACUACAGAGUAAAUUACGACAAGAAAAACUGGCAACUUCUAAGCGAGGCCCUCAAAGCUGGUCACGUGAAAUCCCCCAUUACAAAGUCACAGCUCAUAGAUGACGCCUUCAAUCUAGCCAAGGUUUCUCAGUUAGACUAUAGUUAUGCACUCGGUUUGACUACCUGUGUCAUCAAUGGGGAAGACUCGAAGAUGGUGUGGGAUUUACUGUUGAAUAAUAUGGCCUUCUUGAGACAUAAUAUGAGGUCCACUUCGGGAUAUGUAUAUUUCCAAGACUACAUGCGAAUAAUCCUAGCUAAACAGCUAGAGCGAGUGAACUACGGGCUCAGCAAGCCGAAGGACGACAACGAAGCGUUCUUAAUAGAGAACCUCGUGAUGUGGGAGUGCUACGUGGAGGCGCCGCGAUGCCUCGCGUGGGCUAGAGAGCAGUUCCGCAACUGGACCACGCAGCAAGAUGUUAAUAAUAACCCCAUCCCGUCCUACCUCCGUUCUCUAGUGUACAACAUGGCGCUGCGUCACGGCGGUCGCGCGGAGUUCGACUUCUUAUGGGACGUGUUCGUCAACUCCACCGACCCCAACGUCAAGAGUCUGGUGAUUAACAACCUGCCCAGCACCAGGGAGGAGUCGCUUAUUACUAUGCUUCUAGAAAAAUCUCUAACGGAAAUACCAAAACAAUACGCAGUAGCAGCGUGGAGCGUAGAACCUCCUCUGGGCAGUCGGCUCGCGCAGGACUUCCUCGUGAAGAACUUCGACCGCGUGUACAAUAAGUUCACGCAGAUGGACGCUUUCACGUUCCCCGCUGUACUGAGUGGAGCUUUCGGGUUUAUUUCUACUGAAGAAGAACUUAGCAAGCUAAAAUCCUUCGCUCUGAAACACAAGGAACAGUUGAUGCCGAUGUCACAAACUCUUCAGAAGCUAGUUGACACGGCCACAUUCCGCAUCGACUGGAUCAGGAAGCAUUCUGCCGGCAUCAGCCGCUGGUUCAAGGACUAUGUCUCAGGUAAACUACCAAUAUCGCAGCAAAGUACAGUUCCUCCCACCUCCUCCCCUGCUGACGUCACCAGCCCGGCGGCCGACGUGACGUCACCGCCGCCCGCGACACCACCCACCACUGCCGCUCCACCAGCGUAAUACAUUAUAAUGUCAUUAUUUUCAAUUAAUUAUAUUUAUUUUAUUAUUAUAAGCUGUUGAUUUGCAUCCGUGUCAAAUUCAAGAACUUAAUUAUGCUAAUGAUACUCAAUCCAAAUCAAAAAUAAAAUGGGUAGGGUUUUUUUUAAUUUACAAAAAUCUGUCAGUGUAACCCAGCCGUAUUUAAACUCGGCGCGUGUGUUACUAGCCUUACAACCACGCUGCGCUCUCGCACAAACGCUAACACAAUGCAUACGCAGCGACCAUUCAUUAAUUCUGGAAUACUAUUAAAUUACAAGAACAAAAAAGCAGCACAUUUCAGCUAUUUCCCGUAUUACAAUUGAUUUACUAACGUAUUUUAUGUCAUCCUCCUCAAAUUUGACCCGGAUGCAAAUAAACAGCUUGUAUGUUCUCGAACGUUCCUUAGGCGUACAUUUAUAGUGAAGGGCAAAGAAGAACUUUAUCGACAUUAAAAUGGAAUCUAAAAUCAAUUAACACUACUGUCACGUACAGUUACUUUGAUUAUCUUCAUCUUUUAAAUGUGAUAAUUAUUUUUCGAUAUUAUUUCAAUAAAAAUAAAGUCGAUAUUGUAUCGAUACACUUUACUUUGUUACACCAAUUUCGACUUUAGUUGAUUUCUAAUACAGUUGGUAUAUGCUAACACUUUUGUGAGCCUACACGGGUUUUGAGCUAUUGACCCAAAGUCGGUAAAAUCUGUAUAAUACAAAAAUAUUAUUUAUCGAACCUCGAUAUAUGGCAGCUAAUAUUUCUAAGUUUUUUUUUCUGAUUUCAAAUUGGGAAAUGUAAAUGAUCUAAAAAUAUAAAGCCUAAAAUAAUUUUAAUUUAAGUAGUUUUUAUUUAGCAGUAUACAUUGCGAUAUUUAUACCUAAGCCGCGAACUAGUCGCCCGAAAUAGAAAAUUACUUUUAAUUUAAAAAAAACUAUAUAUUUUAAUGAGUAUAUAAUUUAUUCUAAAUUCAAUUACCGUAAAAUGAAACCUAAAGUGUGCCAUUUCUAUAAAUGAGUUCAUAUUUUUGCGGUAAUUUAGUUCUAGACAAUCUUAUAUCUUUUGUAACUUGAUAUAAACUUUUACAUAAUAUACAAAAAUAAAAAUCGUCAUGUGAGACAAAAUUAUUACAAUACCUAUGGAGAAAAAUAAGUCUUUACUUUGUCAAACAAAUUCACAUACUGUCAAAAUAUUUCAAUUAUUUUGUAAUCAGACAGUAUGCUGGAAAUUUGAAGACAACACUAUUUUAUAUUUAAAAUAUGUCAACUCGAUAAAAACCACGAAUAUCGAUUCUUUUUAUGCGAUACAUAUUUUUUAAACGAUGUUUUUUAAGACUUCUAUUAUUAUGUAUAUUUUAUGUUUACGUAUUUAUGUAUUUCUGUUCAUAUUAAUACUUAAGAUAUUAUUUAUUAGAAAUUAUAACUUUUAAAAAGUGUGUAUUUUCAUAAUAGGUAUUUGCCAAAUUAGAGUGUAUGUAAAGCUAAGCUAGCUAGUUCUUAAUAUUUGGCAAAAUAAUAUGUACUUAUUAUAAUAUGUUUUAUAAAUUAAAGCUUAUAAUAAUUUUAACUUUUAUCGAAAAUGUUAGUUUUUAAAGCAAACAUCACAUUUUAGUUUUAGUACAAUCAAUUGAAAUAAACACUGUUUGUUACACAUAAUAUUAUUUACAUUCUACCAAAAAUUUCCGUUCUACAAUUGUUUGAUAAAUAUUUAAAAAUAAAAAAAUACGCACAAGAGUCGAUGUAAAGAUUGUAGAAUAUAAAUAAAAUAAAAUUUAUCGAUAAAUGCACUGCACAACACUAUGUAUUAAAGGCCUGCUUCCCACCAACGUUUUGCUUUGUGUUCAGUUUUAAGUGUUAUCUUACUACGGAUUCCAAAAUCGAUCCAUCAGUGGUCUUUCGAUAAGAGAUCAUUUGUAUGAAGCUAGUGUCAAUAUUUCAAUCUCUAAUCGAAAAAUGGAUGGAUCAGUUAUUGGAAUCCGCAGUUACUAUCUCAUAAUGUGGCUAUGAAAUGUAUAAUACGAAUUAGUCAUUGUCGUGUCAUAAGCUUAACCAUAGAGCAAUUUAUUUACCAAUAAAUAAACUAUGAAUAAUUUUAUGUAGGCUAAAAAUAUUUUAAAAGUUACCAAACUUAAAAAAUUUAAUGGCAAAAAUAGAUUUUAAUUAAAAUAUUAAGGAGAAUAGAUAGUGUCAAAAAAUCUGUGGUGAUUAUAUAAAAUAUCAUAUUAUCGUCAAAAGAAAACAAGAACACAUUAUAUACAAAAAGAACAUGAAAAAUGAAAAAUAUUGCUGUGACCUAAAAGGCAGACAGUUGAAUUUGAUACUAAGAUUAAAGAAAAUAUAUAAAUACUAAAUACCGUUAACCUAUACAUUCCUUUUUAAUAUUUAUUAAGUGCAGUUGGCAACACUACCGACAUUAAAUACUAUUUUAUUCAACCUAUUUACACUUUCUAGUAUAAAAAAAAAAUAUUUUAACGUGUGCUAAAUACAUUUUUAUACCCAAAAUUUUAGUAAAAAAAGUUGAUUCUGUUGCCAACUGAAGUUAUUUUUAUUCAUAUUUAAUUUGUUCCUAUUUAUUAUUUAAUUUGGAAACUUCUCGAAUUUAGAUAAACUUUUUUGUUAAAAUGUA